AUGGGCGAAGACGAAAUUGUUCCAGGUAUAGAUAAGAAAUUAAUCGAAGAAUUUAAGAGAGAUUUCGAAGGCGAUGCUAAAAAUUUAAUUGCAAGAAACGUCAUCACGCGCCAUGGUCUUUCUGAGACAUAUCUUGAUCGGGCUAUUGUAAAUGCGACUUCCCAUGUCUUUCAAUACAAAGUUUCAGAAGCCAAACCAAUAACUAAUCAACUUAGUAGUGGACGCUGUUGGUUGUUUGCAUGUUUAAAUGCCAUACGUAUUCCGUUUAUUCGAUUUCAUAAAUUGGAAGAAUUUGAAUUCAGUCAAUCUUACUUGUUUUUCUGGGAUAAAGUUGAGCGAUGUAAUUACUUCCUCGAUGUAUUUGAGGAGGUUGCGAGAAAGAAAGAAGCAGUUGAUGGACGCCUCAUGAUGUUUUUACUAUCAAAUCCAGUUAAUGAUGGUGGUCAGUGGGAUAUGCUUGUUAAUUUGAUUAAAAAGUAUGGGCUAAUACCUAAGAAGUGUUGGAAAGAAAGUAGCUGCUCUGAAGCAUCUCGUGAUUUCAACAGAAUAUUGAAUUACAAGCUUAGAGAAUGUGCUUACCGUAUCCGGACUUUGGUAUUAGAUACAAACGCUAACAAAGAAGAAUUGCAGAAAGAAAAAGAUACUAUGAUGAAGGAGAUAUUUGGUGUUUGUUGUAUAUGUCUUGGUAGUCCUCCGAGCUCAUUUACUUGGGAAUAUUACGAUAAACUGAAACAGUUCAACACGGUUUCGGAUGUUUCUCCUCAGUUAUUCUACCAGAAAUACGUAAAGCCUGUUUUUAAUAUGGACGACAAAAUCUGCCUCGUAAAUGAUCCCAGAAAUCCGUAUGGACAGCUUUAUACUGUGGAGUAUUUAAAUAAUAUGUCGAAUGGACGAAUAACCCUGUAUAAUAAUCAACCAAUGGAUGUUAUAAAGAAACUUGCAAGCACAGCGAUAAGGGAUGGAGAGCCAGUCUGGUUCGGUUGCGACGUUGGGAAGCACUUUGUUAGAAAGUUGGGACUGCUAGAUUUAAAGUGCCAUCAGCAUGACCUUGUUUUCGGCUUUUCAUCUUUAAAUUUGGAUAAGAAAAGUAGACUCUUGUAUGGAGAGUCCUUAAUGACUCAUGCUAUGUUGCUUACUGGCAUAGAAAGGCGAUCAGAAUGGCAGCCAUCUAAAUGGCGUGUGGAGAAUUCAUGGGGUGACUCUUCGGGAGAGAAAGGAUAUCUGGUUAUGACCGAUGAUUGGUUUUCCGAGUUUGUUUUUGAAGUAGUCAUUGAUAAGAAACAUAUUCCAAAAGACAUCUUGACUAUUUUAGAACAGAAACCGAUAGUUCUUCCUGCCUGGGAUCCAAUGGGAGCUCUAGCUUAG